AUGGAAUUGUUCUGUUUUUCGAAUCUUGACGUGGGAUCUGCGAGAUUCGAAAAACAGAACAAUUCCAUCGUGAAACGGCUUCGCAAUCUGGAUCUCAUCGACGAAAGAACCAGCCGACAGCUGAUGAAGCACAACGCUGUCUGUCCAAGGAUCUACGGACAACCGAAGGCCCAUAAACCUGGUCUACCACUUCGCCCGGUCGUACCCAACAUUACGGCACCUUCGUAUAGUCUGUCCAAAUUCGUCGGGAAGAUCUUCCAACGAUCGCUGGUAAGCAGGUACAACAUAAGGGAUUCGUUUGAAUUCUGUGAAUUCAUUAACAAUGUCACCCUACCUGAUGAGCAUGUACUAAUAUCGCUAGAUGUGAAGGCGUUGUUCACAUCGAUCCCCAAAUCACUCGUGAUGAACAGCAUUAUCACAAAAUGGGAUGAAAUCAAACCGAACACAAACAUCUGUUUGGAUUUGUUCCUAGAAAUAGUGGAAUUCUGCAUAGAUUCCAGCUAUUUUAGGUUUGAUGGACAACACUACGAACAAGUGUUUGGGACGGCGAUGGGCAACCCACUAUCCCCGUACAUUGCAGACUGGGUAAUGGAAACAUUACUAGAUACGGUUGUCCGAAUGUUGGAAAUACCACUGCCAUUCAUUCGAAAAUUCGUUGAUGACCUGAUAACCGCUAUUCCUCUUAGUCGGUUACAGCAUGUCAUUGACACUUUCAACAGCUAUGACAUCCACAUCCAAUUCACUUACGAAAUGGAAGUGGACAACAAAUUACCGUAUCUCGAUAUGCUCUUAACACGCCACAGCAAUCAGAACGUAACAACAUCUUGGUACCAAAAGCCCAUCGCCAGUGGACGUUUCCUACAGUACCAAUCGUUCCACCCCCUCGGCCAAAAACUGAAUGUAGCCCAAAAUUUUGCGCGCCGAGUGAAUCAGCUGUCCACCAAUCUCGACGAACAGUCCAAAAGGAAAAUCGUUGAUGAUCAACUAAAGCUGAAUGGAUAUCCAAAGCCGCUCAGAAGCCGAAUCAUCAACCGAAUGAACGAACGGAACACCAAUCGCUCCAUCCAACACAGCGUACAGAACCUGGAAUAUACUUACCUUUCUAUUCCGAACAUACCUCACCUGUCGAACAUGAUCGACAGGGUCAUCAGGCGGGAGUAUACACAAGUACGACUCGCCAAGUACAAUGUUAGAAAGGUAAACAACAUGUUCUCGAAGGUGAAAGAUCCUGUGCCGCAAGAAAGCCAAUCGAAUGUUAUCUACCGUGUACUUUGUUCAAACUGCGAAGCCUCCUACGUAGGAAUGACAACAAAUCGACUACGAACGAGGAUGAGUGGACAUAAGACGCACUACAACGCACUUGAUCGUCUAUUGGAACAGGGCAACACAACGACAGAUGAAAUCGCCAACCUCGGGGAACGCACCGCUCUGAUGCAUCACAGCAUUGCAGAGAAUCACCGGUUCGACCUGAAAAAUGUGAAAAUUGUAGAUAGGGCAAACAACACACACACUCUACAGUUUUUAGAAAUGUGCCAUAUUAAAAACACUGCGCACGCCGUCAACAAACGGACCGAUACAGAAGGGCUUCAUGCCGUCUAUGCAGGGAUCCUACACGAAAUAGGGAAGAUAAACAAACCAGACAACGAAACCGAUGAGAAUGCAAGCACAACCAAUACACAGCCACACACACCUUUAUAAAUCCCCUUCAUUUUACACACUCACACACUUUGCCACACAAAACAGUUUGUACGUCAGUCCGGUCGGAGAAAACAGUGACCAAAGCGUAGGCGAUAAAAAGUCGAAGAAAAUCGUAGGCGAUCAAAGUCGAUAAAGCCGUCAAGAAAGCUCCACUGAAAAUACAGUGAGGUACAAACGGAUCGACACAAGAGCACCAUAGCGGACGCCAUUACACCAUGACUCCGUAUAUUGAACGUUUCCAGAAAUCUAACAAGAAAACGUGCAUCUAAUCCUUGAAAAAGGUUAAAUAAAUAACCGAAACCGUCGGGUUAAAAUGCAAUAAUCGUUUUUGCAAACGUUUAGAGACUGCCAAGGCCGAAAACACCCCCUCUGCCGGUUCAAACACCAACAGUCGUAACGAAAAUCAAAUUAGAAAAUAGGUUUCGGCACAGCUUUUCCAGACUGGCAGGCCAUAUAUUAUCACUGGAGCAGACAUACGAUUGAUAUCUGCCGGGGACUUUGCAGAUAUCUUCAGUGUGUGAGUGUUGGUGAUCUUCUAUAUUUAGGCGACAAUGGCGCCUGCCACGUCAGGCACAAACUCACGCGUGGAUGUCGGAGUGUUGAUGGGAUAUAAUUGGCAGAGGGUUCAAACAUUGGUGCGUGGAUGCCAAGCGUAAGGUGAUAGAUUAGUGCGAUUAUUACUAUGAAGCUGCAGCGGCAUAGUUCGCUUGAUUGCAUAUCUCGUAGGCGUUGUCUGAUAGAUUGACACUGUGAUGUGAAAGUUGGAAGGAAGAUAAACGGAUUUUCUACUAUUUCUGGUUCUAGUGAUGGCUAUGAACAUACAAAUAUUCAUUAUUAUUAUUAUUAUUUAUUAAAGAGGUUUUAACUCUGGUCAUUCGCCUCUGCAUACGAAUAUACAUGAGUUGUAUAUGUUAUGUAUAGAGAGGAGAGUAUAGAGAAAGUGGAUAGAAAGAUACAGAGUAGAAGGAAAGGGACGAGCCAGGGAUUGAACCAGGAACUUCUGCAUAUGAAUCAGAAGCGGCAGCCACUAGACCACCAAGCCCGUUUCUUAUGAUCGA